UUUCUUCGAGGCGACGACAAAACCUAGCUAUUGUACUGGACAUUUAUGAAGCAUAACUUCAGGAUUUGCCAGGAACCAUGGAGAAAUGUUUAAUAUUGUGAGCCGUCGGUGCAGUACUUGAUGUUUCUGGCGUCUUUUGAGGGCCGCUCGGAGCAGUUAGCAGAUCCUCGGGGCAGCAGAGGCUGGCCUCAGAUCUGCAGCCAUGGAGACAGUGGAGGUGUAUGACACUGUGAAAAUGCCAGAGGAGGUGGAGAGCUGCUAUAACUUAAUGGAGGUGACAUCCCCUAAGAAGAGAAAGAAUAGAGCUCAGGAAGAUGUGGAGAAACCCAAGAAGCCCAGGUCAGCAUACCUGCUAUACUACUUUGAUGUUCACCAUAUCAUGCAGCAGGAAAUCCCUAAUCUGGCACAGUCGGAGAUCAACAAGCGCAUCAGUGAGAGCUGGAAACGGCUGAGCGUAGCUGAGAAGGGCUACUAUCUGGAGAAGGCCAAGUUGGAGAAGGAGGGUGUAGAAACAUCCUCACUUGGACCCUGCCAGGACCUGCCAGGCUUCCGCAAGAUCCUCCCCAGGGCCAGUUUUGUGCUUCUGCCUAAAGGCUCCUCUUCAAACCAGUGGGCAAGCGGCUCCCAGCAAGAUGUCAGCGUGGAGUCUCUGGAUUCCCCCAUGGAAGGAGGCCUGCCCUCCCUCUCCCUCCCCCAAGAACCUCAGUUCCCACCUUUAGGCCUGGGCAGUGAGGUGGAACUUAGCGAGCAGUGCAUUGCCGUCGAGGGCCUGGCUGAGGAAACUGCUGCGGUGUCCCAUCCCACGGCCCUUCAAGGCGUCCUGCCUUCCUCAUCUAAAGCCUCUCCCUCCAUGAUGCCACCCACAGACACCCACAGCUCGCAGGGCUCCAGUGCCCUUGCGGCAGAUGGGAUGAUGCUGAGAGGAAAUGACUCGAGGGUCAUCGGUAGUGGUUAUAACGUCGUUAGCAUGGCAUCUGAGGAAGGAGACAUGGAUGAGGGCACGGUGCAGCAGAUGCGGGGGGAAAGUACACAGGUGGUUGCCAUCAUACCCACCCAGAACCUGCUGGAGUCCAAAUCUUUGGUAGGUGCCAGCUCUGUUGGCCCAAUGAUGAUGGUCUCUGUAGGAACAGCCAUAGAACAGAGUGCCAAGCCUUCAUAUAAAAUGACCGUAAAGACGUACACCAGGAGAGGUCGGGGAAGGUGUCUGACUCCUGGCUGUUCUUUUGUGUAUGUCACCCGCCACAAACCUCCGACUUGCCCUGAAUGUGGAAGCCAUCUGGGUGGCAAGUGGGUGCCUGCUGCAAAGAAGACCCAAGUGAAAGACACUGCAUCCAAGCAAUCUCAGCAGAAAGCUGAAACCAGCUCUAAUGAGAGUUGUCAACCAGCUUUGCCUCCCGCUGCGGAGAAGAAUGCCGCUGUCAGUCAUACGAACAACACUGGAAGCAAAAAAGAAGGGCAAGUUCAGCGGUGCUCCAGAAAACAGCAUGCGGUUCCAGGAGGAGCGCCACUAGAGGGCAGCAGCACCAAGACUCAGACACAAACAAAUAGGCCAUUGAAAAGCAAUGCCAGAUUCACCACAGUCCAAGACAGAGGCAAUGCCGUCAUGCAAAAGAGACCUGUAAGACCCAUCCUGCCUGCCUACUGCAGCACAGGCCGUGCUUUGCUCCAGUUCAUAACUGUCCCUCCUGACAAAGGAAAAUCUCAGAGUACCAACAGCAACAAAACAGCCAUGGUGCCUAGUGAGCAUUUCUCAGGUCUCAAACCCAGCACUUUGAAGCAGCUCGGCCAGACAGUCCCAACAGCCACAGCCAAGCAGGACACCGCUGCCCCAGCAGAUGGAAGCCAGCAUGUCACUUCACUGAUUGAUAAAGGCGUGAAUAUCCUGUCGUUCAUGCCUUUCAAACAGAACAGCAUUUCCAGCUUUGAUUUGGGUCUGUCCACAGCGCGAGGCAGGGGCCGGUGUAAGAACCCAUCCUGCGACUAUGUGUACAAGAACAGACAUAAACCCGCAGAGUGCCCAAAAUGUGGCUGGGAGCUGUCCCGCAAGAACAUCAAGGGAACCAAGUCUGGGGCUCUGCUGGACCCAUACCAGACUCUGAGUCCUGCCCAGAAGGACCUCCAACGCCAGUCCACCCUGCAGCUGCUGCGGCGCGUCCCGCAGAUUCCUGAGAGUGAGACGGAGCUCCAGGAAACGCUGGCCCUCAUCCAGGAGCUCAACAGCCCCCAGAUAGUCUUGAUUCAGCCCAGUGAUCAGGACCAGGAAGACGGCGUGGAGACGGAGACGCUGGUCCAAUCCGGGUGGCCUCGCUUCUACGAGUCGGCAGCCACACACUGUGGCCUCUGUCACUAUCCUCUGUUCAAAGGAGGUCAGAGUACUGUUGCAGGACAAGAGGACUGCUGGCUGCUCACAGAGACGCUGAUCCAGACAGCCUCUCUCCAGCUGAAGGUGUGUCUCAACACUCAGUGUCUGGCCCUGCACAGCUUCACUGAUCUGCAUCCAGGUUUGUUCAACAUUGGGAACAGGCUGCUGGUCAGUGUUGACCUGUUCUUUAAGAUCCGGGCCAACAUCAAACUGGGACAUCACCCCUCUCACGCUGUCAGAACCAUCCUGGACCACGUCCCCAAUCAUCCUGUCCACGCUCUGAGUCCAGAGGAAUCAUCCCAGAUUCAGGAGCUUCUGCUGAGCGGCUACUGGGCCUUUGAGUGCAUGACAGUGCGAGAUUACAAUGACAUGAUUUGUGGUGUGUGUGGCAUCGCGCCCAAGCUGGAGAUUGCUCAGCGCAGCACACACAAUGUGCUGGAGCUGAAGAAUGUGGAGUUUACCUGGCCCGAGUUUUCAGUCCCGGAUGAGGUGCACGUGGAUGACUUUUGGUUGACCAUGGAGAGUGAGGCUAUCGAGCUGGCAGCUUUCCCCUCAGACAUUCCUAUCACACGAGUGGAUGCUUCCAUCAUUGCUCCCUUCAUCCCCCCACUGAUGAGGAGCCCCACCGUGAUCAACACAGAGAAGGACAAGAUCCUCUCUCACACACAGCAGCCUGCAGGAGACCCGUCAGUCUUGGUGCGUCUGAUCCACGAAGGUCAGCUGAGACUCGAUAGGAUUGAAGAGCACAGCGAGGAGGAGCUGAGAACCAUACUGCACUGCUGUGGAGAGACAGCCACACCAGACUCCACCCAGAAUGAGCUGCUGGCCUCUCUGGUGUCCCUGUACUCGCGUGUCCACUCCGGCCUCCCCAUCGCCCCCCAGCCACCUCAGCACCUCACUGCUGGCAAGCUGUCCAAGCUCUGCCCUCACAAGGUGGUUUGUGGCUCUAAGUACAUGGUGAGGGGAGAGACGGCUCGAGACCACGUCGACUUGCUGCUGUCCUGCCGUUACUGGCCCCCAGUCUACGUUACAGAAUCUGCCCGCCAGGUGGCGCUGUGUGCCGACACGCAGUACCCAGAACUGGCAACCCAAAUGUGGGGAAGGAACCAAGGCUGUUUCUCUGACCCCUUUAAUGAGCCAGAAUUUGUGUCGUGUGCUGAGCUGCAGGACCAGCCGUACAGCGCCGACCUGUCCUCUGUGGCCGAGAACCAGCACGUCCACCCCAUCACGAAAUCCUCGUCUUGCUGGCUGGUGCACCCAGCUGGGGCGUCCCAGGCCCAGCAGCCCCCCGCCCUGCAGCACCACUCCAUGGGCCUCUGCAGGGAGCUCGAGCCGUACAUCAGCCUGAUGGCCGAGCCGGAAAAGGAGAAGGAUGAAGGGGAGGGAGGGGCGGAACAGCAGGAGCAGGCGGACAGCGGCAAAAAUGAGCUCACAGAGACACAGGAGGUCAGUUCCUCGGUGAGCGGCGCUCAACGGCGGCCUUUGGUUUUCAACAAUGCUGCCUAUUACUACCUGUACAACCGGCUGGUAGAUUUCCUGACCAGCAGGGACAUUGUAAGCCAGCAGAUCAAUCAGGUGCUGAAGGCCUGCCAGUCCGGAGAGGUUGUGAUUAGGGAUGCCCUCUACCGGCUGGGAGUGGCACAGAUCAACACGGAGAGAGAAGACGACGACAGAGGAGGGGUGGAAAGACAGGAGCAAGAGGGAGGGGUGGAAACUGUGUAUGAAGUGGUGCUGCCCUGAAGAAAAAAGCAGGCGAGAUGGCAGGAUGACAUGGCGUGACAUCUGACAGCCGCCUGCAAAGGAGUGCAGCAAACAGAGGGUGUGCAUGAGGAGGAGGAGGAGGUGCCCUGAGGUGAGAAGGAAAGUGGCACCAGAGGGAGCAGAGAGACUGGAGGAGCUGUGGUGAAGCAGGCGAAAAGCAGAAAACAGCUAUUGGUGCUGGAGGGAAGUGGAUAAUAUGGAGGCAUAGCCUUUGCAACAGAGCCUUUAAUCAGCUGAUCGGGGAUAGCAAGUUUUGUUAAUAUGAGAAAAAAACCCACAUAGAUUAUGAAUAGAAAGUGAUGAAUUUUGCAAAAAUAAGCAUUAUGAGGAACAGUCAGUAGGAUUCACUGUUUUUAGUUUUUUCAGGUCAGGUUCAGGACUUAUUUGCCAUCUCUAACCUAAUCUGUGCAUCAUUUUGUGUGUUUCUUCUGCUUUUCAGAUUCAUUUAAAUAAGUGUAUGAGGUAACUGAGCGUGAGUGAAAACUAAACUCAAAACUACAAAAAUGGAGAACUUGAAUGUCAGAAGUAACAGAUUUCAAAUGACUGAAAGAAUGUAUCACCGAAGUUUUAUUGCCCAGCAACGGUGCCAAGCGUCAAAAGAGGAAGUGGUCAGGCUAAUUGAGUGUGAGAGAGAAAAUGAAAGAGACAUGAACUUGAACGCUAAAUGUAAAGCUUUGCUUUCAUGAGACUAAAAGAAUGUAAACGAUUUUAAUCAAAUACUUCUAAGCAUCAUGUAAAUGGAAACAUGAGAUAGUAUUUAAUGCCCUUUUAUGACUAGAGACACUUCUGCUUUACUUUUUAUCACUCUUACCUCUAAGUUGCCACCUGUUGCCUUUUCAACUUAUUUUUUUUCUUGUAAAGUAAUGACAAAAUGUAUAUCUGUACAUCGUAUUGUAUUAUAAUGUGGUGAUGGACUUUGUUGCCUGAGCGGCCUUUGCUUUGUUUUGGAUUACAAUGUCUUCUUAAUGGAGAUCCAUAGAAGGACACAUCCAAUCAGUGGUCCUAAAUCCUAUCAACCAAUCAACAGCCAGCCUGUGACAAUAAAGUUAUAGGUUAUUAGACUGUGUUUGUCAGUAUAACUGUGGGCGUAGUCACUGCAAAUAAUGCUUUGAGCUGUUGAGAGGUGUCAGAUGUUGAGCUGUUGUACCUCUGGAAAAGGAAUGUUUUUUCACUUAAAAACAUCCAAACUAAAAAAGCGGGGAGUGUUUUGAUCAUUUUAAGUUUCUGUAGUCUCUCUAGUGGGAGUCCUACUUCCCUACAAAGGCUUUAGAGUUGUGCAAUGUUGUGGGAAUGAAACAGAGGAAAUGCAGAUUGGGCAUUAUCCAAAAGAAAAUGGGAACUGAGUAGAGAACAACAUAAAGGCAGAAACAAAUUCCCAGCUGCAAUUAUAAUACAAUGUGCAAUAAAGACAAAGUGCAGCUUUUAAAUGUUUAAAACUUUACUCUAGAAUUUCAACAGUACAGUUUCAUUAAAGCUUCUGCAAUUUGUCAGUGA